CUCAAAGAAUAGUUCUUCACUUUGUUUAUUCAAUCUUUCAGAACACAAUUACUCAAGAUUGAAUGAGUUCUAGAUCUUUUUGAAGUCGUGUAAUUCAGAUUAACAAUUUGGAGAAAACACAAGUGAAAAUCCUUGGUGUUUUGAAACUUUGAAUACAAAGCGUGUGUGAAGAAUUGGAAAAUGUCUGGAGUGCAAGAUCAGCUAGAGAUCAAGUUCCGCUUGAUUGAUGGAACAGACAUUGGCCCCAAAAGCUAUCCUGCUGCUACAAGCGUUGCAACCUUGAAGGAAAGCAUCCUUGCUCAAUGGCCUAAAGAUAAGGAGAAUGGUCCAAGGACGAUAAAAGAUGUCAUGUUACUAGGUGCAGGGAAAAUUUUGGAGAACAAUAGAACAGUGGGAGACUGCAGAAGCCCCUUUUGUGCUAUUCCUGGAGGAGUUACAACGAUGCUUGUCGUUGUUCAACCCCCACCUUUGGAAAAAGAAGAGAAAGCGUUGAACAACUCAAAGCAGAACAAAUGUGUUUGUGUAAUUUUAUAAAUUGCAGUUCCGAGGGUGGAAAGAGCAUCAUUUGCAGGUAAAGAAUGCUGGAUUAUUGAAAUAGAUGUAUUUCUGGGCAACGGGGUGCUUGGUGAGAUGACAUUCAUUAUAAAUCAUGUAUUGGCGCUUGGCCAUGUCCAUAUAGUUGAUUUCACAUUCACUUAGUAUAUUUUCUUAUGGUUAAUACACUUGUAUUCCUGCAAUCAUGAACCAUGAUUCUUCAAUUGAAAUGCGCGACUUUUUUUUCAUAAUAUGAAUUAUACAAGUUCAAG